ACUGUAUAUGAAGACGAUCACUGACUGUAUAUAAAGACGAUCGCUGACUGUAUAUAAAGACGAUCGCUGACUGUAUAUGAAGACGAUCGCUGACUGUAUAUAAAGACGAUCACUGACUGUAUAUCAAGACGAUCAAUAAUCUAACUUCUCUAUUUUUCUUCACAUUAAAUCUUGUGAAUAUUUUCCAUAACAAACGUACGUUCACAUUAAUUUUGAUUCAUGUUUUGAUACAAAGCUGUUUUCUCAUAUCUGCCUCAUACAGGAACAAUCGUUUCCCUCCGACCGGAAGCAGGAAGUCGUUCCUCCACUUCCUGCUCCUGAACAAUAUUAUCAAAGAGGAACUUACUUCAUCGUACAGUGUAAAGACACAAACACCCACCAGGACAUUUACUUUCCUGAGAGACUCAGAUUAUCUUCAUGGAAUUGAUUUGUUGGUUUAAUGAAACACUGAUUUAACUCGAUGAGCCAGUUUUUGUUCUGAUAACGUUUUAGUUUACCCAGAAUUCAUAGUUCAUUGAUCCUGUACGUUUCAGAUCAGCAGCUGAACCUCGACGACCUCGGACCCUAAACGUUUGACCUCUCUGACCACUUAGAGUUGAGGUGUGAAGUUCAGCAGAAUAUUCCCUCCAUCCCUCUUUCCCUUUCUCCUUCUCUCCUUCCUCUGAACGACUGAGGUUUUUUUUUAACUUUUAAUUUGUGGUUUUUGACUCUCGUCUCUCGUUUUCUCUGACAAAACAACUUUUCUCUUUCAAACCGUCCAAUCGUGUGUUUAUUUACUAUGACUCACAGGUCGUCAUGGUAACGGGGAGGGGGGGGGGGGUGGAGCUGAGAAAGUCUCCUUUCAUGGCAGUGAUGCAGACUUUCCUCGUGUGACUGUACCUUCCUUCAGGCCGAGCUGGGCUGUGAGGUUCACCUCGGCCUGACGCAGCUGCUCCACCUCCUCCUGUAGGACGCUGAUGUUCACGUUCAGGACGACCUGCAGCACGAAACAAACACAGCCGUCACUGAGACGAACAAAACACUGAAGCAGGACACAUUUCACUGAUUACGUCUCCUCACAUCCAGCAGCUCCUCCUCCUCACCCAUGAUCCUCCACAGUGACCUGUUCUAACUGACCCUCAGCCAGGCCGGACCGGGCCGUGCCAGCUGGGCCGAGUGCCGUCUGCUGUCGCUGCUGAGGUGGUGAUUGAAAGCAGGACGGCUCCACACUGAGAACGGCUUUUAGAAACAUUCCUUUCAUCGAACGCAGCAGUUAUAGUUAGACCAGCUGAGUCAAGCCCUUAAAGGGACAGUCCACACAAACACCUUCCGUACACUGUGUACUUGUACUGCGAUAACACCGAUACUGACGCACAAGAGUACGCAGUGUUCAAUAGAACACGUUGAAUUUCCUCCAGAACAACGAGAAUCUUACCAAGGAUCCGAACAUUACUCAAUGACUUCCCAGAACCUGGGCCCCGUCCAGGAUCCAGGUCGACACCUGAGGAUCCUGGAACUGAACUCAAGACUUGAAUCAAGGAUGCUUGGUUAUGUUGAACAAGACAAACGGACCUGGAACCUGUGGGAUGGCAGUGAAUUGUGAACCGGACACAGAGAAGAACCGACCAGGUCUCGAGAGGUCCAGACUCUGUUCCUGUACAACUACUGGAAAGAUCUCAAGGACCCUGAGAAACACUUCCAGGACUACAGGAAUACACACUGUUUAAACAAGACAGACUAUAGGGCCAAAAGUUUGUGGACAGUCCCUCUAAUCAGGAGCUUCAGACUCGUCCGUCACUGGUUCAUCACGUUCUGCUCUAAAGACAUUUGUUGUGAAUGGUGUUGAACUCAGGAGGCAACGUGACGAGCCUCUACACUGCCCCUACUGGUCACGUGUAUUGCAUCUUGUGGACACAGCGUUAAUUUCAGACAACCACAGGCGCAGAGAGUCACAGUCACAUAAUGUGUGUGUGUGUGCAGCCGUCCACAUACUUUUGGUCAUGUGGUGAAGAUAUUUUUAUUCGACUCCAGAAAGGAAAUUAAUUUAGGGAGAAACAGACGAGUCCAACGAGCUCAGUGACGUUAAAAACCUUAAAAGACGACAACACAGAAACGAAUCAAACGCACCUUCUCAAAAUAUCACACAACAGCUUCACAUGUCACAUGAGGUCCAGAAGUUUCACAGCUGAGAACAAAGAUCCUCCUCGAGGACAAGAACCGGUCAAAGACCCUCCUCAAAGACCAGAACCGGUCAAAGAUCCUCCUCUAGGACCAGAACCAGUCAAAGACCCUCCUCAAAGACCAGAACCGGUCAAAGACCCUCCUCGAGGACCAGAACCGGUCAAAGAUCCUCCUCGAGGACCAGAACCGGUCAAAGACCCUCCUCUAGGACCAGAACCAGUCAAAGACCCUCCUCAAAGACCAGAACCAGUCAAAGACCCUCCUCAAAGACCAGAACCAGUCAAAGACCCUCCUCAAAGACCAGAACCGGUCAAAGACCCUCCUCGAGGACCAGAACCAGUCAAAGACCCUCCUCUAGGACCAGAACCAGUCAAAGACCCUCCUCAAAGACCAGAACCGGUCAAAGACCCUCCUCUAGGACCAGAACCGGUCAAAGACCCUCCUCAAAGACCAGAACCGGUCAAAGACCCUCCUCAAAGACCAGAACCGGUCAAAGACCCUCCUCGAGGACCAGAACCGGUCAAAGAUCCUCCUCUAGGACCAGAACCAGUCAAAGACCCUCCUCAAAGACCAGAACCAGUCAAAGACCCUCCUCAAAGACCAGAACCAGUCAAAGACCCUCCUCAAAGACCAGAACCGGUCAAAGACCCUCCUCGAGGACCAGAACCAGUCAAAGACCCUCCUCUAGGACCAGAACCAGUCAAAGACCCUCCUCAAAGACCAGAACCGGUCAAAGACCCUCCUCUAGGACCAGAACCAGUCAAAGACCCUCCUCAAAGACCAGAACCGGUCAAAGACCCUCCUCGAGGACCAGAACCAGUCAAAGACCCUCCUCUAGGACCAGAACCAGUCAAAGACCCUCCUCGAGGACCAGAACCAGUCAAAGACCCUCCUCUAGGACCAGAACCAGUCAAAGACCCUCCUCAAAGACCAGAACCGGUCAAAGACCCUCCUCUAGGACCAGAACCAGUCAAAGACCCUCCUCAAAGACCAGAACCGGUCAAAGACCCUCCUCGAGGACCAGAACCGGUCAAAGAUCCUCCUCAAAGACCAGAACCGGUCAAAGACCCUCUUCGAGGACCAGAACCAGUCAAAGACCCUCCUCAAAGACCAGAACCGGUCAAAGACCCUCCUCUAGGACCAGAACCAGUCAAAGACCCUCCUCUAGGACCAGAACCAGUCAAAGACCCUCCUCGAGGACCAGAACCAGUCAAAGACCCUCCUCUAGGACCAGAACCAGUCAAAGACCCUCCUCAAAGACCAGAACCGGUCAAAGACCCUCCUCUAGGACCAGAACCAGUCAAAGACCCUCCUCAAAGACCAGAACCGGUCAAAGACCCUCCUCGAGGACCAGAACCGGUCAAAGAUCCUCCUCAAAGACCAGAACCGGUCAAAGACCCUCUUCGAGGACCAGAACCAGUCAAAGACCCUCCUCAAAGACCAGAACCGGUCAAAGACCCUCCUCUAGGACCAGAACCGGUCAAAGAGAGGGAGGAGGGGGGAUGAGGAGAG